AUGGCGAAAGUGGCUGCUGCUGCUGCUGCUGCCUAUGAUAAGCAUGGCCCAAGUCGGUUGGAUGAUGGUUCGCAAGGACCAGUUCACCGUGGUAGGGUCGUUCAUUUCAUCUCGUACACAAGCACCCAAAAAAGUACGUCAUCGUCAAUGAUAGCUGAGGAGAUCCGUCUUACCUCACGUCAUCGUACCUAUACUGUAGGUAUGCCAGAUGGUGGUGGUGGUGGUGCUUCAACAAGCUCACAGGGCAGGCCGCAUUGCCACGCACAUUGCUCAUCUGGCAGCCAGGCGCCAGCUAUGUACGCAUGUACAGAGCAUUCUGUCCACACACGCAAGAGGCCUUUUCAAUGUCCAUCAAGAUCCAGUUAUCAAAGUCACCCGGAAGCAACCGACACGCCGAUUUCGCAGGCUAUCGUAAACCCAAAAGGAGUCAUCUCAGGCCAGGUCGUGACACGCCGCUCGCCUGAUCCGCGGCUGGCUGAGAAUUGUCCUAUGGCAGACAAGCAAAAGCGAGACCAAACACAGCCCCAGGAAGAAGAACAAGGCAAGGGGGUUUCAUUAAAAGCGAACAUAGCUGUGAAUGCUUGA